GAAAAAAACGGUUCCGACUCGGAUCCAAGCAAGUUUUUUUGAACCUGGGUCUAUCCUGGUCCCAACUUAACAACUCAUAACGCAUCACAAAUGGACUUGCAUAAGUUCUCCCUUUCUACUCGUCCGUCUCUUUUCCUAGUCAUCUUUUUGUCUUUAGUCCACCAAUGGUAACUUGGAAUCUUUGAAUCAACCACCGAGAAAACAUUCCUUUCUUUCUUCUCUUAUGUACACGAAGUAUAAAGUUGGAGCAAUAAUAAUAAAUCCUUCCUUAAAGGCCUUAUAUCAAUUCCAUUAAUUUUUUCCCUCUUUGGCUUUUAGAAUGAGUACUGAAGAGCUAAUGAGCUAUUGACCAUCACCCACUUCGAGCUCAAGUUCCCAUUUGAGCUUAGAAAACCAAUCUCAUGUUCAUUUGAGUUGCUUAACAGAACAGAUAAUCACGCUGCCUUCAAGGUUAAGACAACUAAUCCAAGGAAGUAUACUGUAAGGCCAAACUAUGGCAUCGUCCUACCUAGAUCGCGGUGUAAUGUUACAGUUACAAUGCAAGCUCAAAGUGAGGCACCGCUCGAUAUGCAAAGCAAAGACAAAUUUCUUGUACAGUGUGUGAUUACUCACCCUGGUGCGGCACCUAAAGAUAUCUGCCAAGAGAUGUUUAAUAAGGAGGUGGGAAAGUAUGUACAAGAAUGCAAAUUGAAAGUUGUGUAUGUUACGCCACAAAGACCACCAUCCCCAGUCCCAGAAGAACCUGAAGAAGUGAAUUCACCACCUAUCACUUCUAAACCGGAAAAGAUGACUCAUAACGAGUACUCUGCACCUAGGGUUCAAAUUUUGAAAUUAGUGGAAGAGCGGGAUACUAUUAUUCAAAAAAAUGGCAAACUGCGACGAGAGUUGGCAAUAUGCAAAAUUUGCACGGAUUCACAAAAAAAAAACAUUCACAAACAUAGGAAUCUUUGAAGCGAAGAGAUCCACAAAAGCAUGCAACGGUUCCCAUUCUGUAUGCUUUUCUGGUAGGUUUGAUUGGCAUUCUAAUGGGGUGCUGUUCUUCUUAAGAAAGUACUUGUCAAGUCAAAGGGGGCUGGUUUUGAUUUGACGUGAAAUUUUGGUUUUGACCCUUCCCUAGCAAUAUGUACAUCUUGAGACUGGUUGCAUCGUAACCUUAUGUGUGAAAAAUGAAAAUUUAUACGUAUUACUAAAAUGGGUGUCUAGCAUGAGGAUUCAAAUCAUUCCCCCCCCCCCCAUUCACCUGGUGGAAAAGAAAACCAAGAAAAGCAGCUGACCUAGGAUAAAAAAAAUUACUACGCACGGAGUAUAAUAUUAUUACUGUCAUUAUUUCCCAUUUUAUUUGUUAUUCCAUUGCCCAAGGGCGUAGCUAGCCGUGACUCUAUAUCGCACGGCCGGGGGCAUUUUUGUAAAUUAAGUGAAAUCAUAGUUUCGUUAAAUGAGCAUUAAUGUACGUAUUGUGAGUAUCUAAUACGUAGUAUAUUCUAGUGAGUAUUGAGAGUGUAAUAAUGAACAUCAUGAUAUCGGUUUCAUAUGUUAUAAUUCAGGGAUAAUUUGAGUUUGCACCCCAUUUUAUUGUCCAAAUUAGACUUUGCAUCCCCUUUUUUAAAAAUUUUUGUUUUUGCACCUCAACCCCAUAUGAAAAGACAAAAAUGUCCUCGAUCAAGAAUAUGUUGGAGGCCAACAAAAUUGUCAAUGGAGGGGCAUUUUUAUCUUUUGCUAUAGGGUUGGGGUGCAAAAUAAAAGAUUUUUAAAAACGGGGUACAAAGUCCAAUUUGGACAAUAAAAUGGGGUGCAAACUCAAAUUAUCCCUAUAAUUCACUUUGCUUUUUUUUUUGUUUUUUAAAAUAUCAAUGAUGAACCCGUAUGAAUCCAAUAUGUGAAUUUAACGUAACAUUAUACUUUUGAAAGAUGCACGGAUAUGACGUUUUAGAAUGAGUAUUACAAAAAUAUCAAAUGAAUAUAUAUAAAUUAUGAAAUGAGCAUAAAAAUUUUCAAAAAAAUCAUUUAGAAUCUCUAUUAUGCUCAACUUAUCAUUUGUGUACUUCAUUUAAAUUCUCUAGUAUGCUAAAAAAAAUAUUUGUGUAUGCUCAUUUGUUUUUUCUAAUAUGCUCAAAUAUUCAUUUAUGUAUGUUCAAUUCUUUUAAUCUUUAUGCACAUUUAUUAUUAAUAUUUAAUAGUAUACUCAUUUUUAACUUUUAAAUAAAUGGGUGUUCCCAAAAAAAAAGUAAAUAUGGUGAUGGCAGAAAUGGUAGACUGUGGAAUCACCUUCAAGUCGUCCAUUAUCAGGUAGCAAGCCCCCUCUUGAACUCGCCUGUGCGGUUCAUAUCAUGACCGGCUGCGGUAGAUUGUGCUGCCGUGGGAUUGACUGGAGUGACAUAACUUAUCUUUCUAUCCAAGGUAUGCCUACAGUUGGGACAAGACAAGUCAUUUUCUUGGUGUCGGAGCAGCAGUUGUAGCAGCUAUUCACAGGUAGAAUGACAUUGUCUCAUCAUCAUCGGCCAAGAGGAGCGUUAUGUUGUUGCUGGAGGAAGAAAGGGAUUAAUUGUAAUUCAUUGUGAAAAUAUUCGGUUGUGCGGUGAGCAUCAUACAACCGGUGUACGAUAUAAUUGGUGGGCACGGGUUGGGUUACUUGGGUAGGGUAGGGUAACCUUAAUACCUUAUAAUAAAAGGAAUUGCCGGUUCCAUUGACCAGGUAGGUUCGGGCAGGGUGUACAAAUUCUCCUAGUGGUAGGAAUCGAACCUUACAUGUCGUGUUUGAAACAAGUCGGUUUGGUUUAAAUUUUCAGUAUUAGUUACUAGCAGGGGUGGAUUUUCGGGGGGGGGGGGGGGACCGCCCCACUUGGACUAUCAAAAAUUUCUACUAUAUAUAUAUAUAUAUAUAAUAUUUUAAUAAAAUUUUCAUACUCUACCUAGAUUCGCCCCCCUUAACUUUUAGUUUCAAAAUUAAUAUGUAGUCUUAC